CAAGAACCUACAUAGCUGUGUAGAACCUACAUAGCUCUCUGCCGGCUGUAGGAAGGAAGAGCCCCAUCCAGGUCAAGCAGCGACACUCAAUCGCUCGAAAACGACACACGAGUUAACACUUCUAAACAAGAAGAGGCCUCUUGGUUGAGAACGAGCACUUUUUCCUGGUCAACCAGCAUACAUUCCGCGCGAAUCAGACGAUGGCGGAUGCGUUUGACUCCGGCGAGGGACUCGCUGUUGAAGGAGACAACGUGGACCUCAACCAAUUGAAGGGCCUGUUCACCGAGUGGCUUGACUCCGACGUGCAGGACGGGAUAUAUAGGGAUCGUAUCAACGCCUUAAAAGGCGCCAAGCAUCUUAGACUUGUGGUCGACCUCAACCACCUACGAUCAGAUGGGCGCGGCGACCUCGCUGGCCGUAUCAUGCGCCGGCCAGCUCCACACAUGUACGCACUGCGUGAGGCUGCGCGCGACGUGGCUCUGGCCAUGGAUCCUGCAUUCAUCAAGACGCUCAAGGACAGAGACAUUCUUAUUGGAUUCGAGGGAAGCUUCGGACAUCAACACGUCAGCCCGCGAGGACUCCUUGCAUCGUAUUUACGCACCUUGGUUUGCGUGGAGGGCAUCGUUACUAAGUGCACUAGCGUACGACCGAAGCUGGUGAAGUCUGUUCACUUCAAUCCAUCCAACCAGAGCUUCACGAGUCGCGAGUACAGGGACAGCACAGCAGUGGAGCUUGGGCUGGACGCUGGCGGCAGAGAAAAUUUGCCUACUACCACCCUCUACCCGACCAAGGAUGCCGAGGGUAAUCCGCUGGAAACGGAGUACGGUCUUUGCCGUUUCAAAGACCACCAGACCGUCACCAUUCAGGAAAUGCCCGAGCGAGCUCCCCUCGGCCAGCUUCCUAGGUCGGUGGACGUGAUUUUGGAUGAUGAUCUCGUGGACAGAGUAAAGCCAGGCGACAGGGUGCAGAUUACCGGGUUGUACCGGGCCACCGGAGGAGCGUCCAACGGGAGCACGUCUGGUGUAUUCCGCACACUCAUCAUUGCCAACAACGUGGCCAUCCUUGGCAAGGACGUGGGCAGUGUUCAAAUGACUCCGACCGACAUCAAGAACAUUCGAGAGGUUGCCGAACGGGACGAUGUGCUGGAGCUCCUUGCCAAGAGCCUGGCGCCAUCGAUCUACGGCCAUGACCACAUCAAGAAGGCCCUGGUGCUCCAGCUGUUGGGCGGCGAGGAGAAAAACCUUGCCAACGGUACGCAUCUUCGCGGAGAUAUCAACCUCAUGAUGGUUGGCGACCCUUCUACUGCAAAAUCGCAGCUGCUUCGCUGCGUGCUGAACACGGCACCGCUUGCCAUCAAUACCUCUGGGCGUGGCUCAAGUGGCGUUGGGUUGACAGCGGCUGUAACGACUGACAAGGAAACAGGCGAGCGGCGACUGGAGGCGGGGGCGAUGGUCCUUGCUGAUCGCGGUGUGGUUUGUAUCGACGAGUUCGACAAAAUGAGCGAAAUGGACCGCGUUGCGAUUCACGAGGUUAUGGAGCAGCAGACAGUGACUAUCGCCAAAGCAGGUAUCCAUGCCAGCCUCAACGCUCGCUGUAGUGUGGUGGCGGCAGCCAAUCCUGUGUACGGUCAGUACGACAAGACCAAGCGCCCCCAGGAAAACAUCGGCCUCCCAGACUCGCUUCUAUCCCGGUUCGAUCUGCUUUUCGUGGUUCUUGACCAGCUUGACGCAGAAAACGACCGUGCGAUCAGCGAGCAUGUCCUGCGUGGGCACCGCUUCCGCAAACCUGGCUCGGACAUGGAACCCGAGCAACUCAAUGGUUCAUCCGCGGAAGGAGCAGGCGAACAAGAGCAGACGGAGUCGCCAGAGGAAGCUGCGCAGGUUUGGGAGAAGCACCAUCCGCUUCUUCGGGCAUCCAGGAACACGCACGAGGAACUCGUGUGCCAGAAGUUCCUCAAGAAAUUCUUGCACUACAGCAAACACCGCAUCCACCCAGAGCUAACUGAAGACGCCCGUGAGCACAUCGCGAGUGCAUAUGCUUCACUCCGAAGCAAGCAGGGAAACAACCGAAGCCUUCCAGUGACCGCACGUUCUCUCGAGACGUUGAUCCGUCUGGCGUCAGCUCACGCCAAGGCACGCCUUAGCCACAAGGUCGAAGAAGCAGACGCAGCCAAGGCAAUGAACUUGAUGAGCUUUGCUCUUUACCACGAGACCGCCGCUUCCCUGGACGAACAACAUGAUGAGAACAGCCGAGGCAGAGACGACACGCUCCAGACAAACAGCCAACACCAAAACCAGCACGAGGGCCGAGGAGCCAAGGACGACGAUGCUAGACCUGGCGCCAAGCGCCGCCGGACAAGCAGCCAAGACGUGGCUGGUGCAACAAGCAGAUCAACGCGCGGUGACCAGAAUGUCGAUCCGGCGGCGCGUACGCAGACUGCGACGCAGUUGGUUCUGGAGGUCAUGCGAGAAAAAGACCAAAUGUCUCUCGGCGACUUGCUGUCAGCGACAAAUGCCGCUGCCACGGCCGGCACAAACUUCACACGAGCGGAGCUCAAGGCUGUCCUAUCGACCCUAGACGACGAGAACAAGAUUAUGUUUUACGAUGACAUGGUUCACAAGGUCUGAAGCCUUUUGCCUCUCGGUUGUGUUCCCACGGACAAAGGAGACUGUUUUUUUAUUUUGCGUGAGAGUGGCUAUCUCUUUGUUUCCUCCUCAUGCUGGACGGUUUAUGAACCUGCUGAAAAAUAUGUUGUGAGCUUGCUCUGUUGAAUAUACAGCGAAGUUUCCUAUGCGUGAGGGGGUCAUGCCACUUUGACUUAAACCUUCAGCGAGCCUCUCUUUGCACUGCGAGCUUCUCUUUGCAAUGAUAUGCAAUAUUUGUUUGUAAGAUUGGGUUGGGUUUGUCGUUAUUUAUUCAGUAGCAGACGCGUUGGCACAUACAGUAGCUUUGGACGAUAUACAUGUUGUUGCCCCACCAAAGUCUGAACCGUUCACGCGGUACUUGUUUGGCAGUCACAUAGAAUUUGGCAGGUCACGGUAACACGCCAAGCUGUAGAGAGCGGUUUGCUUUCCUUACUUCGUUGGAACACAAUUUAUCUUCCUAGUUUCAUAUCUUUUGUGCCCCGUGAGCUGUCGGUCUCGUGUAGGCAGCAUAUCUCGAACCACACUGCACCAGGCGAUCAUUGUAGCGUUGAGAGAGCUGGCUGAGCCCGGGUGCAAGACGCAGCACCUUCUCUUGCCCCCUAGCUAUUUAAGUAAUGUUGAAAGUCCUUAUUGUUCCUUG